AUGGAAAGCGUGUACUCACAGGCAGACACUGCACUGCUCCUGAAUAACGGGCAUCAUGUGCACCCUUCAUACCAGGCCCAUGGCCCACCACGGAGGCGCCACACCCCUCCACAAUCCUCCCAGCCCAUGCACAUCCAAGCAGUCAGGUGCAUUCAAGAAGAGCAGCACUCGCGGCCUGCUUCUCUGCCUGCAAUCCCCAACCCUUUCCCAGAGCUUUGUAGUCCUGCUAGUUCUCCUGGACUCAGCCCCAUCCAGAUGUCCGACAACCAUAUUGUGAAGGUGUGGAGCGAGGAUGGGGCUGGUAAAGUGGUGGAGAUUCCGGCGGACAUGACGGCCCGGGACGUCUGUCAGCUCCUGGUCUACAAAAGCCACUGUGUGGAGGACGGCGCCUGGGCACUAGUAGAGCACCACCCCAUCCUUGGACUUGAGAGGUGUCUGGAGGACCAUGAGCUGGUGGUUAAUGUUCAGUCCUCCAUGAGCAGCGACAGUAAAUUCCUCUUCAGGAAGAACUAUGCCAAAUAUGAAUUCUUCAGGAACCCCCUGAACUUCUUUCCCGAGCAGAUGGUGGCUUGGUGUCAGGAGGCUGAUGGCUCAAUCCCUCAGUCUCAGCUCCUCCAGAAUUUUCUAAACUCUAGCAGUUGUCCGGAAAUCCAAGGCUAUUUAUAUGUGAAAGAGCCGGGCCGAAAGUCCUGGAAGAAGCUGUACAUGUUUCUCCGGCGCUCUGGGCUUUAUUACUCCACAAAAGGAACAUCCAAGGAGCCGAGGCAUCUGCAGCUACUGUCCGAUUUAGACGAAAGUAACAUCUUCACCACCAUCACAGGACGAAAACCCCACAAUGCCCCCACAGACUUCCAGUUCUGCAUCAAGCCCAGUAAAGUGAGAAGUGACUGUAAAGAGCUGAAGAUGCUGUGUGCCGAGGAUGAGCAGAGCCGGACCUGCUGGAUGACCGCCUUCAGACUACUCAAGUACGGCAUCGUCCUCUACCAGAGCUACAGCCUGCCACAGCAGAGGAAGCCCGCCACCUCCCAUUUCUCAGCGCCUGUGCGCAGCGUGUCGGAGAACUCGCUGGUCGCCAUGGACUUUUCUGGACGCACAGGCCGCGUCAUCGAGAACCCAGUGGAAGCCCAGAGCGCCGCCCUGGAGGAAGGACAGACCUGGAGAAAAAGAGGUCAGCGUAUGAAUGUUUUGGGCAGCUCCAGCCCCCUGCACCCGUCUUCUUUGAGCACAGUCAUUCACAGAACGCAGGUGUGGUUCCACGGCCGCAUCAUGAGAGAAGACGCCCAUAAAAUGAUCAUGCAGCAGGGCCAGGUCGAUGGACUUUUCCUGCUGCGGGACAGCCAGAGUAAUCCCAAGGCUUUUGUCCUAACCUUGUGCCACCACCAGAAAAUAAAGCACUUCCAAAUCCUACCGUGUGAAGAGGACGGUCAGGUCUUCUUCAGCCUGGACGACGGGGCCACAAAGUUCACCGACCUGAUCCAUCUGGUGGAGUUCUACCAGCUCAACAGAGGAGUGCUGCCCUGCAAGCUCAAACACCCUUGCACCGCUGUGGCCUUGUGA